AAUCAAAUAAUAACCAAGUUGCCAAUUGAGAUUAUAAUAGAAAUUUGUAAAGGUGUUUCACCAUACGAUUUAUACAAUUUAUCAACCGCAUGUAAAUAUUUUCGUAAUUUAUUGUGGUCAAAAUCUGAUGCAACCCAAAUAAUUUGGAAAAAAUCUAGAAUCAGUUUUUUGAAAUAUCCAGAGUUGGAUCCACCAUUCGGCUUAACUGAGCAAAAAUACAUUUGGUUGACUUUAUUAGCAGAUAAAUGUCAAUUUUGUGGUGGAUCUUACGAAAAAUUUUAUUACGAGAUUUGGCCUUCGAUGAUUAUUUGUUGUGGAAACUGUUUUGGCGAAAAAACUAUACAAUUAUCAAUACGUAAUCCGCCAUCAUCAAUUCCAAAAGAAGUAUUUUCGCUUAUUCCUUCAACAAAAUGUUUUAACCCAUCAGUUUUCUAUCAAAGAUUUUAUUGGAAAACUGAUAUAGAAAACAUGACAGAAAUUUUAAAUGGUUUUGAUGAUGAAGAUCUAAAAACAUCUUGGAUAGCUGAGAAAGAAACUGAACUCAGGAAUAUUUUACAUGAUAUGAUACCUUAUCAAAAACAAGAAUUUCAACA